UUCCUGUGUGUGCGCGUGCGCGCGUUCACGUGACCAUAAGUGCACCUCGGAAGGAAGAAACUGCGGAGAAGACGCCUUCUUCACUCUUUCCACUAAACUUUACAACGCCAACUUCAGAUUUGACAACUAAACGGGAUGUUUUCGCUCGGGGAGAAGAUGGAGUUUCUCAUUGGAAACGCCUUUUCAACACCAGUGGGUCAGAGAAUUGAGCGAGCGACCAGUGGCUUUCUGCAGUCAGAGGACUGGGGGCUCAACAUGGAGAUUUGUGACAUCAUAAAUGAGACGGAUGAAGGACCAAGAGAUGCAGUCAAAGCCAUUAAGAAGAGAAUUGUGGGUAACAAGAACUUCAGAGAAAUCAUGUUGGCCCUUACAGUUCUAGAGUCAUGCGUGAAGAACUGUGGCCACCGCUUUCACGUUCUUGUGGCGUCGCAGGACUUUGUCGAAGGCGUUUUGGUGCGUGCCAUUUUGCCCAAAUAUAACCCGCCCACUGCCCUGCAUGACAGGGUGCUCAGUCUCAUACAGUCAUGGGCUGAUGCCUUUCGUACGUCGCCCUCCCUUGCGGGGGUGGUGUAUGUUUACGAUGAUCUAAGGAGACGAGGUUUGGAAUUUCCCAUGACAGACUUGGAUGCGCUGUCGCCCAUUCACACGCCCAGCAGGACGGUCCCAGAAAUGGAGACACCUGAGACGACGGAUGUGUCUCCCCGUCAGUCACAACCACAAUCUCCUUCCAGUUGUCCCAGUCAUAAUACUUCACCUGUAUCUCAACCCAUUGAGCAACCAAACGCCCUCUCUGCAGAGCAGAAAGAAAAGCUGCAAAGAGAGGUGGCGCUGGUUAAGGGAAACCUUACUGUGAUGUCCGAAAUGCUGAAUGAACUUAAACCCGGACAGAGCCCGCUGGAUGAUACAGAACUGCUACAGCAACUGUACUCAGUGUGUAAGAACAUGCAGACUCGAGUGGUGGAGCUCAUCCCUCAAUUGCAGGAUGAAGGACUCAUUGAGGAGCUUCUCGUGGUUAAUGAUGACCUCAACAAUGCUUUCAUUCGUUAUGAGAGGUUUGACAGACUAAACAAGGCACAAACUACAAAUAGCGUGCAACAGAGCUCUGUCAGCAGCCCGAAGCUCAUAGACUUUACCCCGGAGCCUUCAACGCUGAGCCAGCCUGCCGUCAUCACAGCAACCAGCCAACCCGAAGCCAACACACGAGCCAGUCACACUCAGUCGGUCAACCACAAAGAGGAGGAAGAGUUUGACAUGUUUGCCCAAACUCGAGACAAUUCCUUAGCAGAGCAGAGAAAAAGCGUCAGGUAUGAGGAUCCGGGAGCUGUGGAGGGCCUUGCUGGAGCGCUGGACUCAAGGUUGCAGGUCACAGGAAGUAUGGUGCAAGUGAAAAACACACUGCAGAACAAUGUGGAUAAAUGGCUGUCUUCUGAUGUGCAAGACCAGUCUGCUGUCAGUGAGGGAGUCUCCAGUGAAGAGUUUGACCAGUUUUUGGAGGAUCGGGCAACAGACCAGACUAAUCAUACGACUUGCGGCACAUUGCCCUCCACCUCUAGACUGCCGGCGCAAUCGGCAAAGCCACAGGACAGAUCACAUGACCAGCUUUUUUCACUCUAGAUUUUGGAGGCAAGCACUUGUCAUCAAACUGAGAAACAGUUAAGAGAAACAGUGUCCUCUGCAGUGGACAUUUGUCUUCGGUGUAUUUGUUUUGUUGGAAAAAAAUACAGUUUUGCACAUCCACUGCAAAGGAGCUGGUUUUCAGAUACAUUUUGAUUCCACCGAGCAGUACAGUUCAUUUCAGCCCAUCACAAUAUCAGACCUGCCAACAUGUUCUUAUUUUUCGUACUCUGCACGUAUUUUGAUCCCGGGCUGCACUUUGCUGCUCUUGCACACAUUUCCUACCCCUAAAGCCCUCUUGCUUAGCGGGAACACGCGCUUCCCAAGAAACCUAUACUUGUGAUUGCUCGGCUAAUAGAACAGUAUUUCCUGUGUGUAUAUAAUUUGUUUGUUUCAGAUCAACAUUUGCAAUGACUGUUUAACUGUAUCGAUUAGUUCCCAGAUGCAACAACACUCCCAGUUUCUCCUUAAUUAGUCCAUGUCCGCGAAGGCCCUCUCUGGUUCCAAAUCAACAUUUUCAAUGACAAUGACUAUACUACUGCAUCAAUUACUUCCAGCUGCAACAACACUCCCAUUAUCUCUUUAAUUAGCCCAUCUUUGCAAACGUCAUCUCAGAUUUUUGAUCAACAUUUGCAGUGUAAAUGGUUAUUCUACUGCAUCAGUUAGUCACAGCUGCAAUAAAUAAUACUGCAAGUCUCUCUUUAAUUACAAAUGUUGUCUUGCAACAUAAGAUGCUAACAAGCUAAAUAUUUGACGAGAGUUGGGUUGCACACAGAAUUGACGUUUCGACAUCAUGCACUCAACUUUGAGUACACGCUUGAUUUAAAACCCACCUAGAUAUAAGCUGCACCUACUUAAGUUUUGGACACAUUUUAUUUUGUACAUAUGUUGGCCGCACGAGUCUAUUAGCCACACAGGUGGAAAUUAAAACAUGAAAUUUUUACAAAAGCGCUUGUGUCCAUUCUCAAGUACAGUGCGGCAUCCGCUUCCUUUUUCGAUGGCCAGGUAGGUCGCUUUCAGCUUUGGGGCUGUGUCUUGCGCAUUUUUUCCGAGUCUUAUUGAGGGUAAGUGCAUAAUGCGCUAAAUGUCUUACUGAAUGAUCAAGUGUUUGAGUUAAAGUGAACACAUUUAUUUGUUCGGCAAUUUCGUUGGUCUGAUGUGACAAGGCUAAAUUUAUUGGUGGACGUUUGAAACUUGUAAACCCGGAAAAAUCCAGAUAUUAGCCGCAGCAUUGUGUAAAGCACAGUGUUCAAAGCUUGGGAAAAAAGUAGUGGCUUACUAUAUAGUCUUAAUAUUAUGACAUUUCACUGAUAGGUUCUACAUAUACAGGAGGUAUGGGACAUCAAAGCAUGCCCAAAGGGAUGUUUGUUGUCUGUGACAAUGCAUUUUAGACAUUGGAAAUGCCAAAAAAUGAAAACCAUACCAAUGUGAUGUGAACUGUAUUGCUUGGGAGGCAUCUAUACGCUCACAGUAAGACCUGCACUACACCAUUGAUAACUCUGCUGUUCAUAAUUUACUUUAUGUGCAUUGACAAAAUGUACGGAACAUGGCUGUAUUUAUGGAUUGCAUUAUUAUAAUAUUGAUUUAAUUGUUAGUGUUUCCAGAUUGUUUGAAAUAGUUUAUCACCAUUGUUUGCCUUUGGAUCUAUACUGUAGUUUUUAUACAGGCAAAAUAAAUGUGUCUUUGUGUCUU